CCGCAAAGCUCUCUCCCUCAGCAUCUUUCGUGGUGUGGACUUUUUUCCUCCUUGCUGAUAGUGGGUGGGGUCGCUUCCCCUGCAGCACUAGCAGCGGCGGCGGCGGCAGCGGCAGUGACAGCAGCAGUUUCAGCGAUGCUCCGGAUUCCCAGCAGAUGAUCGCCUCUGGGCAGGUCACGCUAUCCUCUCUCCUGGCCUUACCAGCCGGGAAGAGCUAAGUAGCCCAAGCGGGGAGCGGGGAGCGGAGAGUGGGGAGCAGGAACUGGGGAACCGCACCGCAUAGGGCGGGAAAACCGAGAAGUCCGGAGUCAGUCACCCCUCCCUGAACCCUGCAGGCUGACAGACAGCCCCGCCCGUCUCUGCAGCAUGGCUUAAGGCUGCAGUAUCCUCUAUGGGUUCUACUCAGGGCUGACGGGCGAGGCGAGCCCGGGAGAAGAUCUUGCACCUUUGUACUGCAAUUGCAGCCUUUUUUGCAAAGCAGAAUUUGCACCCUUGCAGGGCAGGUUGCACACUUGCAGACUUUUUCAUCCCAAAGAACAGCACUGACCCCGAACUUUGGGUCUGGUUAAAUAGGGUGGGUGCUUUUUAAUAAAAUAAAAACUUAGCGGUCGUGAGGUGAGCAAGGGGCAGCACAGGCAGGAGCAGGAGGCUAGCUCCUUCAAAGGAGCAAGAUCGUGCAACCUAGCUCGCUUAGGUGGGAAGAGAAAAGGCAGGCACGAGGAAGGGUCCUUGAAUACAAGCAUCAUGGCUUGGCCGUGCAUCACCCGUGCCUGCUGCAUCGCCCGUUUCUGGAACCAGCUGGAUAAGGCGGACAUCGCGGUACCUCUGGUCUUCACCAAGUACUCGGAGGCCACAGACCACCCGGGUGCCCCGCCGCAACCGCAGCAGCCCCCGGCGGCGCAGCCGCAGCAUGCUCCCCCCUCGGCGCGCUCUGUUGCCAUAGAAACACAGCCGGCCCCGGGCGACCUGGAUGCUGUUGCCCGGGCAACAGGGCCCAGCGGGGAGCGGGAGCCUGGGCCUCCCAGUGCCCAGGCCCAGGCCCAGGCCAAGGCAGCCGCCGGCCCGGGUCCGAGCCUUGGCCUGGGCCCGGCGGACUCCGUGAUGCGGCAGGACUACCGGGCGUGGAAGGUUCAACGACCCGAGCCUAGCUGCAAGCCACGGAGCGAGUACCAACCCUCCGACACGCCCUUCGAGAAGGAAACCCAGUACCAGAAGGAUUUCCGGGCGUGGCCGUUGCCCCGGCGCGGCGAUCACCCCUGGAUCCCCAAGGCGGCCCCGCCGCCCCCGCCGCAGUCGCUGCCUGCCUCGGCCUCCCAGGGCCAGCCCAAGGCUGAGGAGCGUCGGCGGCGGCGGCAGCAGAGCCAGGAGCGGAAGUCCGCCGAGAUUUCUGCCCAGGCUCAAGCUCCAGGAGAUGAGGAGGGGGGCGGAGGAGGAGGAAGAGACCCCCCAGCUGGGAAGGCGUCCGGACCAGACUGGUGGGAGGUGCGCAAGAAGGCGGGGCCCGCGUGGAUGCUGCGGCGGGCAGAGGGCCAGGGGCUGCAGGGGUCCGAGCAGCAGGCCCCCGAGGCUGGAGGCGGCAAAGGGAGGGCGGCGGCCGACGCCCUCAAUCGGCAGAUCCGCGAGGAGGUGGCGAGCGCUGUGAGCAGCUCGUACAGAAAUGAAUUCAGAGCGUGGACGGAUAUUAAGCCUGUGAAACCUAUCCGAGCCAAGUCCCAGUAUAAGCCCCCGGAGGACAAGAUGGUUCACGAAACCAGCUAUAGUGCCCAGUUCAAGGGUGAGCCAAACAAGCCCACACCAGCAGAGAAUAAAGUCAUUGAUCGCAGAAGAAUCCGCAGCCUUUAUAGUGAACCUUUCAAGGAGUCAUCCAAGGUGGAAAAGCCCAGCGCUCCGACCCCCAAACCAAAAAAGACCCCGACAAGCCAUAAACCGCUGAAAAAGGCCAAAGAGAAGCAGCUGACAUCUGGCCGGAGCACCAAGAAAAAGGGCCCAACAGCGAGCGGAGCCAGCGGGGCUGGGCCACAGGACAAGGAGCAAAGUAAAGAGAUGAACAAUAAACUGGCUGAGGCAAAAGAGACGCCAGCCCAACCCAGCAGCCCAGCCCAACCCAGCAGUCCAGCCCAACCCACCAACUCAACUCAACCCACCGCCACUGGGGAUUCAGAUAAGGAUCAAGGUCCCAUAGGCCAGGAGCCGCCUGCUGUGGCUGAGAUCCCAGAAGCACCCAGGACAGAACAUAAUGAGGGGUCACUCAACCCCUCAGUCCCUGAGCUGCCGCCUAAAGAGCUGCCAGCAAAAACGCUCCCUUCUGAGGGCCUGUGAAGACACACUCAUAGUCUGCAUGAAACAUGUGCUGUAUUGUCUUGCUGGAGUCCAAUAAAACUGGUGACAUUGA